UAAACAUAAACCGGUUUUGUUUUCAGAAAAGCGGUACACAGGGAUAUAACACACGGCCUAUGCAAGACGUCUUCUUUUUCUAAGACCACAAAAUAUGGCACAGUACUUCAACAUCAAUAUGUACAAAGUUCUUUUACUGAUGAUAUUGUUGUUGAUUGGAAAUAAAACCGUUGAAGGUUGCGCAGAAGGCUGGGAAUUAAACAAUGGAAAAUGUUAUCUAUUCUCAAUGAAAUAUUAUGGAUGGGAGGAUGCUAAGAUAUAUUGCGAAUAUCUUGGAGCAAAUUUGGUCAAAAUUGACGACGAUGAAGAGCACAAGUACAUAAAAAGCAGGAUUUCAGCGAUGGAAUUACAUUACGCGUGGAUUGGUGCCAAGUACAGCCGUGUUCGUCGUAAAUACCUCUGGAUUGAUGGAUCCGAAAUAACGUUCAGUGGCUGGGCGCCGGGAGAGCCUGGUGGCAGGAGAGGCUGCGUAGACUACCUAUAUAAAUACGACUAUUUAUGGCAUUCACAUUGUGACUGCAAGUACACACGCGGACCUUUUAUAUGUGAAAAAGCUCCGAAAGGACACGAUGAAAGUAUAGUUGAUAAGGAAGAUGCUGCAGCAACACGCACUGACGGUCCAGAACCAACGCUGAAGCCAACAGAUAGCACUGUUAACUUGGAUGACGUGUUUAAAGGUUCAGACUUUUGUGGUAAAGAAACAACGGUCACCGCCGACAGUUCCACACAGACGGAAGAAUCACGUUUGACACCAAGCUAUGUGCAAAAGUCAACAGCUGACGGAAUAUUCAUUCCUGGGGCAAACGUAGAUAUUACCGACCGACCGGAUGUCAACAUUUCAACACUGGAUAGGAAAGUAUUAGAUACCACGAUUUCGACUGAAAAGACAGACGAGGACAUAAAGAUCGGAAGGGUAGUGUCGGAACCUGUUUGUGGUGGUGUUUUGACUAGUCGUCAAGGCAUUCUGGAGUCUCCAGGCUUUCCCAAUUACUACACAAACAACCUACGAUGUAGCUACACAAUAAAUAUGGACCUUCAAGAUGUUAUCCUUCUCAGGUUUGACCCAGACAACUUUGAUAUUGAAUUUGCCAGUAACUGUGUGUAUGACCGGGUUGCAGUAUAUGCUGGUUACAAUUCCAACUCUCUACUACUUGGUAAAUACUGUGGUACUACAGCACCUCAGCCUAUCAGUUCGCUUGGACAGAUGCACAUACAGUUCUGGACUGACGGUUCUGUAGUCCGUACUGGAUAUAUAGCCCAUUACACGGUCACUGAGUGUGGUGGUGUGUUCACAGAACCUUAUGGUAUCAUUGAAACCCCAAAUGGGCACACAGAUUACCAUAACAAUCAAAAUUGUACAUGGAUCAUAACAGUAGUGCCCAAUAGGGUUAUACAAUUAAAAUUCCAGAUGUUUGAUCUUGAAGAACAUUCAACAUGUAACUAUGACUACUUGGAUAUAUAUGAUGGGCGAUCCCUAGCAUCCCCUCUGAUUGGUCGAUAUUGUGGUGAUGCCAUACCUUCUGAGCAAAUAAGAUCCACUUCAAAUACAAUGACAAUCAACUUCAUAACUGACUCCUCUGUAACGAGAGCAGGGUUUAGAGCAGCAUAUAAUACAACGUAUGUUUGUGGUGGUGUUUUGACUAGUCGUCAAGGCAUUCUGGAGUCCCCAGGCUUUCCUAAUUACUACACAAACGACCUACGAUGUAACUACACAAUAAAUAUGGACCUUCAACAUGUCAUCCUUCUCAGGUUUGACCCAGACAACUUUGAUAUUGAAAUUGCCAGUAACUGUGUGUAUGACUGGGUUGCUGUAUAUGCUGGUAACAAUUCUAACUCUCUGCUACUUGGUAAAUACUGUGGUACGACAGCACCUCAGCCUAUCAGUUCACUUGGACAGAUACACAUACAGUUCUGGACUGACUAUUCUGUAGUCCGUUCUGGAUAUAGAGCCUAUUACACGAUCAAAGAGUGUGGUGGUGUGUUCACAGAACCUUAUGGUAUCAUUGAAACCCCAAAUGAGCCCACAGAUUACCAUAACAAUCAAAAUUGUACAUGGAGCAUAACAGUAGUGCCCAAUAGGGUUAUACAAUUAAAAUUCCAAAUGUUUGAUCUUCAAGCACAUUCAACAUGUAACUAUGACUACUUGGAUAUAUAUGAUGGGCCAUCUCUAGCAUCCCCUCUGAUUGGUCGAUAUUGUGGUGAUGCCAUACCUUCUGAGCAAAUAAGAUCCACUUCAAAUACAAUGACAAUCAACUUCAUAACUGACUCCUCUGUAACCAGAGCAGGGUUUAGAGCAGCAUAUAAUACAACAUAUGACAAGCCAAACAAGCCAAGCUAUGUCUGUUACCCCAACAACACGAUAAUUGUCCAUGAUUUACCAGCAAACUCGUACUACCUUGCAGUGCAGAAGAUACCUUCUAGUACUGACAUCAGAUGUACAGUCUCAAGAUUAAACACGACAACAAUAGAAAUCACAGGAUGUUUAAAGGAUGACCCUAUUGUAUUCACAUAUGGUUCCUAUGCUGGGAUUGAAUCGUACAAGAUACAUGUAGGACAAUCUGUUAACAUCAACAUCACAUGCCAUGAGAUAUCUGAAGACGGCGUCUCUGUUGUUAUUAAUAACACCUUUGCCGUUAAUUUGCAGGUUGACAGCGAAAAUAUGGUCGAUCCCUCAUACAAUGUGACAUCUUCAUUGAAUACAACAUCUACUAACGUUAAUGAGCCGGUAGCUUGGACCAUCACUUUUCCAGUUGAGUACAUUGUUGAAGUGACCAGCUGCACAGCGGAGCCAGAUACCACGGACAAUACAGAUCUAGUAGUUCAGCUGAUCUCAGAGGGCGGAUGUACGGUUGAUCGUGAACUGAUCAGCAAUUUUGAAGACAAUUUAGAUGGAACAGCUGUCGCAACGUUGUGGUCAUUCAAGUUCAAUAAUUACGACACCAUCUUGUUGAAAUGUGACGUCAUAAUUUGUCCUGGUGCGUCAAACGCUUGUUAUACGAUAUGUUCACGACAGAAAAGAGAUAUUCCUGACCGAUCAUACAGGCAAGCAGACGACAGCUUUUCAACAGUUGUACAGAGUCGUCUACAUGUAAUAGAUCACAAGUCUAGCGGAACAAUGCCAGCCCCUCAAACUGUGGCGGUUAUGAUGUUUCAACUUGUCGCAGUGCUUCUGAUAAAGUAAACAACAACAGAAUUGUUUUGAUCUGCAUUUCGUAGUGGCAUUCAUUAACAUUGUUUACUUUUCCUGAACGGUAUGUUCUGUUAAAAUAGAAUGCAUUUGAGCCAUUUAGCUGCAUUUUCAUCAUGUGUAUUCUGUUGCCAUUAUAUACAUAUUCUGUGCUGUCGUGUUGAGUUUACAACACUUGUAUUCUGUUGACAUUAUUUGCAGUUCUGUGUUGUCAUGUUGAUUUUUCAACACUUGUAUUCUGUUUACAAUUUUUGCAGCUCUUUGUUGUCAUGUUGAACUUUUAACCAUUACAUUCUGUUGAAAAUGUAUACAUUUACUUCGAACCUUUCAACUACAUGUAUAUUUUUCAAGUCAGUUAUAAUCUGUGUUGAUACUGAAUUAUCUCCCUCUAUUAUACAAAAAAGGCUUGUCCGGAGCAUUACUUGAAAAGUAUUAAUGACAUUUCAUUGAAACUUCACAAAAUGAUAGAGGCCAUUGACGGAAAAAUACGUUAUUCCCCAUAUUGGGACAAGCACAUACAUCGGGGAGCAUCAUUCGGUUUUACCGAUUCCUUGUUGACAAUGUUUAGAUUUAUGUGCAGUCUUGUUGGACUGUCAAUGUAUAUGUUCUGUUUAUACUGUAUGAACUUGCAGCCAAUAUAAUCUAUUCACAUAGUGUGUAUAUUUGUGAUGCCGUGCGAAAAGUUCUUUCAAUCGAUACGUGGUCUUGACAUUGCAUGCAAUUUUAUAUGGCAGGCAAGCCGUUUUUACUGUUUUAGUGUCAACAGGAAUUACUUGAAAUACAUGAGCCGCGCCAUGGGAAAACCAACAUAGUGGGUUUGCGACCAGCAUGGAUCCAGACCAGCCUGCGCAUCCGCGCAGUCUGGUCAGGAUCCAUGCUGUUCGCUUUCAAAGCCUAUUGCAAUUAGAGAAACUGUUAGCAAACAGCAUGGAUCCUGACCAGACUGCGCGGAUGCGCAGGCUGGUCUGGAUCCAUGCUGGUCGCAAACCCACUAUGUUGGUUUUCCCAUGGCACGGCUCAAUAGAUAUCUCAAGUUGUAAAGCUGUCACUUUAAGAUAGUGCGAAGCCUAGAACUAGCAUUGUGUCACUACAAAUGUAAAAGCUAUGUGUAUAAGGGCGUUUAGUAGAUAUUUCUUACGAAAAAGUGACAUAUCUUUAUGUUGGCACAUGUACAGAAAAAGAGCUCACUCGUGUUGAAAGAGGUGGCAGCUGGCGGCUUUUAAAGUUAGCUCUUUAAGCAAAACUGCUAGCACUUAUUUGAAAGAGAAUACUUGAGAACUUAAAAUGCUAGCAGUAUUUUCCUAAAGAUAAUGCAGAAAAAAACAAUUUAAGAUAGAAAAAAAAACUGACCCCCAAUAAUAACUUUGGACGAAUCAAAAGUGCUCAAAUUAAUUUGAUUUCGUUCGCAGAGGUUGAACAGAAAUACUAGUAGCUCUUUUUGAAUAUUAUCUCUCAUUGCUGAUAAUAAAGUUUUGUCUAUAGUAAUUGAACAAGUGGUAAAACGGCUUGCCAUUACUUUGUCAUGAACUUUCAACCGACGUCUGCAUUUUUGUGCUACCGUGCAUUAUUUAAAAUAUAAUAUAUAUUAUCCUGUAAACUUUACAGAAAAUUUUAAUACAUAAAAACUAUGUUAGUAUAUUGCAUGCAUAUUAUCCUGUUUCUUUAUAAAAAUGUUAGUAUAUAGAAAUACGUUAGUAUAUUGUACGCAUAUUAUCCUGUUGCUUUACAGAAUAUGUUAAUAUAUAGAAAUGCGUUAGUAUAUUGUAUGCAUAUUAUCCUGUUUCUUUACAGAAAAUGUUAAUAUAUAGAAACAUGUUGGCAUAUAGCGUUUUACAGAAAAUGUUAAUAUAAAGAAAUACGUUAGUAUUUUGCAUGCAUAUUAUCCUGUUGCUUUACAGAAAAUGUUAACAUAUAGAAACAUGUUAGUAAACUGCAUGCAUAUUGUCCUGUUGCUUCAUACAGAAAAUGUUCAUAUAUAGAAACAUGUUAGCAUAUUGCGUUUUACAGAAAAUGUUAAUAUAAAGAAAUACGUUAGUAAAUUGCAUGCAUAUUAUCCUGUUGCUAUACAGAAAAUGUUGAUAUAUUGAGACCUGUUGGUAUAUUGCAUUCAUAAUGUCCUGUUGCUAUACAGUAAAAUUUAAUAUACAGAAAAAUGUUAGUAUAUUGCAUGUAUAUUAUCCUGUUGCUUUACAGAAAAUGUGAAUAUAUAGAAACAUGUUAGUAUACUGCAUUCAAAUUGAAAAUGUUACUAUAAAGAAAUAUGUAAGUAUAUUGCAUGCAUAUUAUCCUGUUGCUAUACAGAAAAUGUUGAUAUAUUGAGACCUAUUGGUAUAUUACAUUCAUAUUGUCCUGUUGCUAUACAGAAAAAUUUAAUAUAUAGAAAAAUGUUAGUAUAUUGCAUGUAUAUUAUCCUGUUGCUUUACAGAAAAUGUGAAUAUAUAGAAACAUGUUAGUAUAUUGCAUUCAAGUUGAAAAUGUUACUAUAAAGAAAUACGUAAGUAUAUUGCAUGCAUAUUAUCCUGUUGCUAUACAGAAAAUGUUGAUAUAUUGAGACCUAUUAGUAUAUUGCAUUCAUAUUGUCCUGUUGCUAUACAGAAAAUUUUAAUAUAUAGAAAAAUGUUAGUAUAUUGCAUGUAUAUUAUCCUGUUGCUUUACAGAAAAUGUGAAUAUAUAGAAACAUGUUCGUAUAUUGAACAAUUGAAGAAUGGCUAUGCCAUAAGCACUAAGUACGUUCCGGAGAAAAAAGUGUUCCAACCACCUGUUGUUCUGGUUUUGAGCAACCAUUUGCCCCAGAAGGAGGAGUUGUAACUCUGGAUCGAUGGAACGUAAAUCAAAUCAUGGACUACAAUACACUUGAACGUUUAACAUAUUUUAAUCAGUAACAUGUAACUGUAACUUCUGUAUAACAUUUAACAUUUUGAUUAACAUAUAUUUUGAUAUGACGUUUAACAUUUAAAAACUGAUAUGUAUGACAUAAAUGACGUUUCUAACAUGACAAAAACUGAUGAAGUAUAUGUUAUUAUAAUAUGGUAUUUAUAAAAGCCCUAGAAGCUUGUUUUUGAGUUUAAUAUGUAUAUGCAUAACAUAGUAAAUGUCA